CCCCUCUCUAGCGAGUCGUCCUCCACGCCAGGCAAUGGGACCACACCCGAGGAGUGCCCGGCGCUGGCCGACAGCCCCACCACACUCACCGAGGCCCUGCAGAGGAUCCACCCCAUCCCCGCCGACUCCUGGAGGAACCUCAUCGAGCAGAUAGGGCUCCUAUAUCAGGAAUACCGAGAUAAAUCAACUCUCCAAGAGAUCGAAACCAGGAGACAACAGGAUGCCGAAAUACAGGCAGGAGAUGAUGGGUCCCCGGCCAGCGAAGAGGCCCCCGAGGAGGAAGAGGACGAGGAGGAGGAGGAGGAAGAGGAGGACGACGAGGAGGAGGAGCUGGCCAGCCCGCCCGAGAGGAAGGCUCUGCCCCAGAUCUGCCUGCUCAGUAACCCCCACUCGAGGUUCAACCUCUGGCAGGACCUUCCAGAGAUCCGGAGCAGCGGGGUGCUGGAGAUUCUGCAGCCUGAUGAAGUCAAGCUUCAGGAGGCUAUGUUCGAGCUGGUCACCUCGGAGGCCUCCUACUACAAGAGCCUGAACCUGCUUGUAUCGCACUUUGUGGAGAACGAGCGGCUGAAGAAAAUCCUGCACCAGGCCGAGGCUCACCUCCUCUUCUCCAACGUCCUGGACGUCACGGCCGUCAGCGAGCGGUUCCUACUGGAACUGGAACGCCGGAUGGAGGAGAACAUCGUCAUCUCUGACGUGUGCGACAUUGUGUACCGCUACGCGGCAGACCACUUCUCUGUCUACAUCACCUACGUCAGCAACCAGACCUACCAGGAGAGAACAUACAAGCAAUUGCUCCAGGAGAAGGCGGCUUUUCGGGAGCUGAUCGCACAGCUGGAGCUGGACCCCAAGUGCAAGGGGCUACCUUUCUCCUCCUUCCUCAUCCUGCCCUUCCAACGCAUCACCCGCCUCAAGCUGCUGGUGCAGAACAUCCUGAAGAGGGUGAAGGAACGGUCAGCUCGCGAGUGUACCGCACUGGAUGCCCACAAGGAGCUGGAGAUGGUGGUGAAGGCGUGCAACGAGGGAGUCAGGAAAAUGAGCCGCACAGAGCAGAUGAUCAGCAUCCAGAAAAAGAUGGAGUUCAAGAUCAAGUCAGUGCCCAUCAUCUCCCACUCCCGGUGGCUGCUGAAGCAGGGCGAGCUGCAGCAGAUGUCGGGCCCCAAGACCUCCCGUACCCUGCGCACUAAGAAGCUCUUCCGGGAGAUUUACCUCUUCCUCUUCAACGACCUGCUGGUUAUCUGCCGCCAGAUCCCCGGAGACAAAUACCAGGUGUUCGACUCAGCCCCUCGGGGCCUGCUCCGGGUGGAGGAGCUGGAGGACCAGGGCCAGACGCUGGCCAAUGUGUUCAUCCUGAGACUGCUGGAGAAUGCCGAUGACCGGGAAGCUACCUACAUGCUGAAGGCGUCCUCUCAGAGUGAGAUGAAGCGCUGGAUGACCUCGCUGGCCCCUAACCGGAGGACCAAGUUUGUCUCCUUCACAUCCCGGCUACUGGACUGCCCCCAGGUGCAGUGUGUACACCCGUAUGUGGCCCAGCAGCCGGAUGAGCUGACGCUGGACCUCGCCGACAUAUUGAACAUCCUAGACAAGACAGAGGACGGGUGGAUCUUCGGAGAGCGGCUGCACGACCAGGAGAGAGGGUGGUUCCCCAGCUCCAUGACCGAGGAGAUCUUGAACCCCAAGAUCCGAUCGCAGAACCUCAAGGAGUGUUUCCGUGUCCACAAGAUGGACGACCCCCAGCGCAGUCAGAAUAAGGACCGCAGAAAGCUAGGCAGCCGGAAUCGGCAAUGACCCCAGCCUGCAAGCAGCCAGGCAGCCGGAUCGGCAAUGACCCCAGCCUGCGACCAGCCAGGCGAGGGGUGGGC